AUGAAGGAUGUAAUUGAAAAUGUGAAAAAAGACUUUAAAGACAGUGGAAUUGAUGAAACAGUUUUACAUGAACUAGAACACAAUUGGCUACAAAAACUUAAAAGUUUCAAGGUUGCAUCUUGGAAUCAUAAUGAUGGAAAUGUAGGAGAGGAAACUAAUGGCAGUACAACAAAUUAUCCACCAAAUCCAAAUGAAUUUGAAACACCGCCACCAGCAGCUGCAAAUCUUCCAACUCUUGCAACAUCUACACUCAGUUCUCAUAUAAAAAAAUUCCAAUCAUAUACGACAUAUCCUGAUACAUACGAGAAAAAAAGAAAAGAUAGCAUUACUAAAAGGAAAUUGUAUGUUGAAGAUGAUAUCAAUUCUGAUCUUGAUGACUCAGAUGAGGAUGAAGGAGCUGCCGAAGGAGAAUUUCAAAAUAUCAUUUUAUGUUUAUAUGAUAAGGUGAAAUAA